CUGCCAGACAGCCAUGGGUCAGGAUUACUACUCUGUGCUCCAGAUCACUCGAAAUGCAGAAGAUGCUCAGAUCAAGCAGGCGUACCGGAAACUCGCCCUGAAGAACCACCCGAUGAAGACAAAUGAGUCAACUGCAGCAGAUACAUUCAGACAAAUAGCAGAAGCCUACGACGUGCUGAGCGACCCUGUGAAGAGAAGCAUCUAUGACAAGUUUGGAGAAGAGGGCCUAAAAGGUGGCAUCCCUCUGGAGUUUGGAUCCCAGACCCCGUGGACAACUGGCUAUGUCUUCCACGGCAACCCUGACAAGGUGUUCCAUGAGUUCUUUGGAGGAGACAACCCCUUCAGUGAGGAGGCUCAUGGAAGUCCAAGCAAAGCACCAUCCUCCCUUUCACUGCAGGUGCUAAACGAGGAUAAGUACUCCUCUACCAUCAAGGACAAGAUCCUGACAAUUGAUGUGAAGCCUGGCUGGAGGCAGGGCACACGAAUCACCUUUGAGAAGGAAGGGGACCAGGGCCCCAACAUCAUCCCAGCCGACAUCAUCUUCAUAGUAAAGGAGAAGCUGCACCCUCGCUUCCGCAGGGAGAAUGACAACCUCUUCUUUGUGAACCCCAUCCCUUUGGGCAAGGCUCUUACCUGCUGCACCGUGGAGGUAAAGACCUUGGAUGACCGUCUGCUCAACAUCCCUAUCAAUGACAUCAUCCAUCCCAAGUACUUCAAGAAGGUGCCAGAUGAAGGGAUGCCAUUGCCGGAGGACCCCACCAAGAAGGGGGACCUGUACAUCUUCUUUGACAUCCAGUUCCCCACCCGCCUCACACCGCAGAAGAAGCAGAUGCUGCGCCAGGCAUUGCUGACCUAACUCCGGGAGCCUCACUGCUCUGCAGCCUCUGCACAUGUGACAUAGGGGGUAGGGGUGGGGGAUGGCACAGAGCCUUCA